ACUCGUUCACCAGAGCUGAACUUCAGCAGAGAUAGCAGCAAGCAGGCACUUCCACGCCGCGCAGGCUAACUCGCUUUCGGCUUUGGUUCGAGAUGGUGACUCGUCGUUGCACCGAGAGGCGCUCCAGCGCCCGCAACUUUAAAGGUGGACUGUCUCUGUGGCUGAUUCUGUGGCUGGUGGUGGUGAAGCCGGGCGGGGUAUCUGCAUGUCCCAGGCUGUGUGUGUGUUACCCCACGCCCAUGACUGUCAGCUGCCAGUCCCAGAACCUCACCAUAGUGCCGGCCGGUGUGCCAUAUGACUCACAACGUGUUUUCCUGCAGAACAACCGCAUCACAGAACUGCGUGCAGACUCUUUUGGCUUCGAGACGCAGGUGCUUUGGCUAUACGGCAACAACAUCACAUGGGUCGAGGCCGGGGCCUUCAGUAACCUCAGGGUGCUGGAGGAGCUGGAUCUGGGCGAUAACCCACUACAGCGCCUGGAAGGUGGAGCCUUCAGUGGCUUGGAGAAGCUGCAGAGCCUGCACAUGCAUCGCUGCAAGCUGGCCGCUCUCCCCCAUGACCUCUUCCACAAACUGUACAGUCUGCAAUUCCUCUACCUGCAGGAGAAUCAGCUCCACUUUCUGCAGGAUGACCUGUUCUCAGAUCUGGUCAACCUCACCCACCUCUUCCUGCAUGGAAACCGCAUCCGUGCCCUCUCUGAGAAUGUGUUCAGAGGCCUGGUCAACCUGGACCGCCUCCUUAUCCACAACAACCGUGUCAGGCAGGUCAACCGCCGGGCUUUCCGUGACCUGGGCCGCUUGACCAUCCUUUACUUGUUCAACAACUCCCUGGCCGAGCUGCCAGGCCAGGCCAUGAAAGACACCCAAGGCAUCCAGUUCCUCCGCCUCAACGAUAAUCCCUGGUCCUGCGGCUGUGAGGCUCUUCCCCUUUGGGAGUGGUUCCGCAAGGCCCGAAUCUCCUCCUCUGAGCUCAUGUGCACCUCACCAUCCCAACGUCGUGGGCAGGACCUCCGAUUCCUUCGGGAGAUGGACUUCGCCCUCUGCCCUCUGCCUGACCCCGGCUCUCUGGCAGGAACCACCACAACCACCUUCAGCACCAAGACCCGCUGGUGGUUCUCCAAGCACAAGCCCGCAUCUUCAUCCAAGGCCUCGUACCAGAAGAGAACUGACACAGGGAAGGCCUUCUCUGCGGGAAAACCUCAGUACCUCCCCAAAACCCCCUCCGAAACCUUCUCCUCCAAGUAUGAACUGUCGGAGGAUGAGGUGGCACUCCCCAAGCUCGACCAAGAAGAAUACUGGUCCAACUACGGAAACGAAGACGCCUCCAUUCCCUGCUUCGAGCUGGAGUGCCCCCCAGGCUAUAACAACCCAGUCUUCCCCUCGUCCUCCAACUUACCCAGCACCCCGUCCGUCCUCCGCCUCCUCUCCCUCUCCAUAAUCGCAUUCUCCAUCCAUUUCCUUUUUGGCUGAACUACUCUCUCCUCCAGUCCCUUUUUUUCCCUUCUGAUUUCUCCUCGUGCUCUUUCCAACUCUAACAAAAACCUGGAUCUUGAUUCCUUUCAGUUACCUCCUCAACUUGCAGGAGGUGCUACACUGAUGCAGGAGACAGGCGAGGCAGCCGGGAGCUGUUGUAAAGAGCAGGGAUCAGCUGAGCUGAUGUAGAGCAGGGCAGGAUUUCAAUGUUGAAGUAGCUGCUGCUGAUUAGUACAGGCUUGAAAAAGUGGGGCUCAGAUCAUGGAAACUGACUCUGAUAGUGACGGUACAAAGGCAGAAACCUACAACAACAUGAGGAAAGGAUAGAGACACAACACACACAGAGACAGUUUGUGAUGUCUCCAGAUGUUUUUUUUUAUAUCAGCUGUAAACAACACAGGCGUUGUGGAUCUGUGACAGCUAUUUUCUAUAUAAAGUGAACACCAUCCACUCUCCGCUAACAUUGUCCCUCACUCAUUUCUUUCUUUUUUUCUGAAUAAAAGUGAUGGUUAAUUAUACCAGAAGUAGGAGAAAGAUGUGGAUUCACACAGAGAAAGAAAAAGAAAGAAUUACAGGGAGAAGUGAUAAGAAAGUCAAUACAAUGUGAGCAGAGUGAGCUUCAGAUGUGCAUCUAAAGGCAGAGAUGGAUGAGAGAAUCAUUAGAGCUCUCCUCUCUCCUUCAGAAAAAAAACCUUGUGUGAUCCCAGAGAUGCCAGCUAACCACCACCACCCACACUUGUACAUACCACGCAUCAUGAUUGUACUUGCACACAUCCCAAACUGCUCUGUAUUUUAGACUAGCUGGAUUUUUACUUUUCAUUUUAGUACCAUUCAGUUAUCGACAGCUUGUGGUGAUAGAAUAGAUACUUAGGUUGUAAAUUGAAGGCCAACCCAAUGAAAAGUGGAAACUCCUCUUUCGCCCCUCGUGUUUUUUGUCUCGUCUUCUUCUCUCAGGUAAACAACAAAUGUUGUGCUCCUGGUGCUGAUUUUUAUUUUUUUUUGUGUGUGUGUGUGUGUGUGUGUGUGUGUGUGUGUGUGUGUGUGUGUGCGCGUGCGUUUAGGUGUGUGGGACUCCGUUUUUGUGGAAUCCUUUACAGCCCUUUGUGUUGUUUGAAGCCUCGGCUCUCAUGGUGGCUCCUGUUACAUUACCAUUGGUUCUGUCAGUAUGACUGUGUGCUUAUAUAAAAGGAUGUGUGUAUUUCUUAUUAGCUUGG